AUGCCGAAACGGAAUUGUCUUCGCUUCGGAAGUUCUUCGGAAGUUGCCAACAAACUCUACAAUCACCAUUUAAAGAUUUGUUCUUCUUAUUUGCCAGUGCCUAUCUCAAAAGUGGAUGAUGAAAACAUCGGCGAAUGGUAUCGUGGAUCGGAAAUGGAUUACACGGGGAUCGAUGGAACCGAGCCUCCACAAGUGAUUCCAUCUCCAGAGGUUGAUUUCAAGAACGAUGACGAGACAGCUGAU